CAUGGGGGGGUUUUCCUGGAUCUUCUCGGAUGCUGGUGUUGAGCAGGAGUGAGAACAUGAGCAGGGGCAGAUUCCUCAGCGGGUUCCCGGUGUGAAUUGGGGGAGGAGGUUUUAGGUCACAUGACUUUAAACCAUCCUUGUGGACCCUUUGUUGUUGGCAGGGCUUCUCCGAACCGUGUGUAACGCCUUGCCUUUUUAUUUAUAUAUACCUUUAUACAAGCACACACAUUGUGUGUGUGUGUGUGUGUGUGUGUGUGUGUGUGUAUGAAUGAUUUCAGGGCGUCAGUAGACGCAUCGAGAGGAAUAAAAACACACGCUUCAUGCUUGGAGGCAGGAGAGCAUUCACGGUCGAGAUGAACAAAGGGAGAGAAGAGAAGAGAAGGCAGGACUAAAGGAGCUCGGGAUCAGACUGAGACUGAGAGAUGGUUCUGUGAAGGAAGUGCGUUUGCGGGUCAAUUAGACGGAAAUCUCGCGCACCGAAACCCGACGCGCGCUUUUAAUUAGAAUUGCUAUAAGUAUUAACUAUUUAUAUAUAUAUAUAUAUAUCAUUUCUUUCCUCUGGGUACCAAGCAAUUCUAUUCUCUAAAAGAAAAUAAGGACUAAAGUUGAACUGAACAUCAUCUGUCAUCAUGGUUCUCGGUUGUGCGCUCAUUCGGAUCCGGACCCUCCGCCGCCGCCAUCUCCACUGCGCUCUCCUGUGCCUCCUGAGCAUCGCGUCCGGGCUCGGCGUCCGCUCGUCCUAUCCCCAAGGACCAGACUGCGCUCCAGACAAAGGAAAAGACUGUCCAGAUUUGUCGGAGAAGAAAAGCGAUUUGCGAGUGUGUGACAAAUCCACGUGCCGCUUCGGUGGAACCUGCAGCGCUGAUCUUCAGUGUGUAUGCCAGUUUCAGUGCCAUGAAAAGUACAUCCCUGUGUGUGGAUCUAAUGGAGACACGUAUCAGAACGAGUGCUACCUGAGGCAAGCGGCCUGCACACAGCAACGACCCGUAUCUCUAGUGUCUCCUGGAGCCUGCGAUCCAGAUAGCAGCUCAGGGUCUGGAGAUGGAGAUGAUGAAGGAUCAGGUACAGACACAAACAGGAAACUCAAUAAAUGUAGCAACUGCAAAUACGGAGCUGAAUGUGACGAGGAUUCAGAAGAUGAGGACUCGUGUUCGUGUAAAAUAGACUGCAGUGGACAUAAUGAGAAUCCAGUGUGUGGUACAGAUGGAAACUCCUACAACAACCCCUGCCUUGUUCGGGAGGCUUCAUGCCUGAAACAGGAGCAGAUUGACGUUCAGCAUCUUGGGAGAUGCCCAGACAAGGGGAAGAAAAAAGACGACGGACUGUCCUACAAGCCGGAUCUUUUCGACACGUCAGAUCCAGGAGAAGGGAAGGGAUAUGGAUGGAUGCCUGUUGCCUGCACAGAUGACAACUUUUGUGUUCACGGCCACUGCGAAUUCAAAUACGGACAUUCCUCGUGCCUGUGCGAUUCCGGAUACACAGGGCCACAGUGCGAGGAGGUUGCCGACUUUAACAUCCUUUACGUGGUGCCCAGCGGUCAGAAGCUGCACUACGUCCUCAUCGCCGCGAUCAUCGGCGCCGUACAGAUCGCCAUCAUCGUCGCUGUCGUCAUGUGCAUCACCAGGAAAUGCCCCAAGAAUAACCGAGGACGCAGACAAAAGCAAAACAUGGGUCAUUUCUCUUCAGACGCCCCGUCCAGGAUAAUGUAGCUCUGCUUGAUUUUUAUUUUGUUUUUGCUUUUAUACCUUUUGUAUCAUGUGGAUGGCAUUCCAAAAUAUCUUUCUUUUCAUUCAGUGUUUAUUCUGUGGACAAUAUUUUUUUUUGUGUGUGUUUAUUUAUGGUGCCUUAUUGUUCAUUUUUUUCCUCUGGACAUCGAAGGAGCGCGUUGGCAGCAAAACAAACUGCCGGCUGAAGGAUAAAAAAACAACAGAAAAGCUUUUCUUUUUGUCUUCCUUUGUUUCUGUUGAUUCUUUUCAGUAAAUGUUUGUGAAUGUUCUCGGUACAGUUGCUGUACACUUUGUUCACGGAAUGUUUAGUGAGUGCAGCUGAACACCAAAUGGAGUUGGUUAUUUACGACAAAACUACAACGUUUGUUUUUUUUUCUUUGCGUUUUUUUUUUUUUGUAAUUGCAGAAUGCAGUGUGGACGGAGGGCUAGUUAAUGUCGCAACGUUGAAACGUGUAUGGAUUUUAAUUUGUAACGUUAUUUGGUGGUGUCCUUCUGAAAUUAAUCAUUAAUUUAAUUCUUGACACUGCAUAUCGCAUGAAACUGUGUCCGGUGAUGUAGAUUUAACAGAAUUAAAUGAAUUGUCUUCUGACUCGUCUAGUGUCAACUGUAUCACAUCUGCUGGAUGCCUGAAGAGUCAUUACAUGGUCAUUACUUCUGUACGAUGGUUUUUCUUUUCAUAAUGUCAACUGAAACCGU